CCUGUGUAUCCACUCAUCUAUGGUACCUAUCGGAGUUGGUCGGUGUUUCUAUGCCCAGUCAAUGUGUAUAUACAACCCAUGGGUACUUGGCAUUGGCUGACUAACCCCGUCUUGUGCCCCCAGAUGGAUGCCGGUAGCAGCGGCUAUAUCAGCACAAAGCAGUUCUGGACUCUUCUGCGGAAGCAUGGCGCAGAGCUGGACCCUCACAAGCUGGAUGUCCUGCUGGCCCUGGCAAACCGCAACUCUGACGGGCGAAUCCGCUACCGGGAUGUGGUGAACCUGAUGAGCAGUAAGCGAUCGAAUAGCUUCCGCCGUGCGAUCCUGCAGGGGAACAGACGCUUGUGUAAUACGGCUCUUAUAGAGGAGUCGGGUCUAAGUCUGGCGCAGAGGCUGAUCCGCCACGUGGCUUAUGAGGUUCUCCCCCGAGAGAUCGACAGGAAGUGGUUCUAUGACAACUACACGGGCUGUCCGCCACCCUGGUUCAUGAUCGCCAUCACCAUUGUGGAGGUGGCCAUCUUUGUGUAUUAUGGGCUAGUUUUGGACAGAUUUGUGUUGCAGGUCAACCACCCCCAGUACCUGAAGAACCCCCUCAUGUACCACCCCCAGCUCCGCUCCCAGGCCUGGCGCUACCUCAGCUACAUCUUCAUGCAUGCCGGGAUAGAACAUUUGGGGGUGAACGUGGCUCUGCAGUUGUUGGUAGGGGUCCCCCUGGAGAUGGUACACGGCACUCUGAGGAUUGGAUUUCUGUACUUUGCUGGUGUCCUGGCCGGGUCUCUGGCGGUGUCUCUGGCUGACAUGACGGCUCCCGUGGUUGGAUCUUCCGGUGGAGUGUACGCCAUCAUAUCCGCUCAUCUGGCCAAUAUUGUGAUGAACUGGUCCGGGAUGAAGUGUCAGUUGAAGUUUCUCCGGAUGUCCUUCGCCUUAAUAUGCAUGAGUCUUGAGUUUGGCAGAGCCGUGUGGCUGAGAUUCUACCCGUCGGCUUAUCCUCCAUGCCCACACCCCAGUUUUGUGGCCCACCUCGGCGGGGUUCUGGUGGGCAUUACGCUGGGAGUGGUCGUUCUCAGGAACUUUGAGCAGAGACUCCAGGACCAGUCCCUCUGGUGGAUCUUCCUCAGCAGCUACAUCAUGUUUGUGGCAUUUGCGGUAUUAUGGAACGUCUUCGCCUUCUCCAUGUCGGGGCUGAGAUUACCGCCGCUGCCUUAGGAGGAAAGGACAAGCUGCAUGGUCCAUAGAGACCCCCGACCACCUCCGGCCAAGAGGUCCCACCAUGCUGGUCAGCCCCACCUCGAGCUGGUUUCCACCAACAAGCCGCCUUCUCCGAUAUUCACUGACUGGAAGACCUCGGAGGAUCCGGCAUUAUGAUUAAGGCUUGGAGGGAGAGACUGGUAACGAGUUUAUUCACACACGGACUUAUUUUUAUAUCCGCCUUGUCAUCUGCAUCUAUGUGAGAUGAAUGUAGAACCAGGCGCUCCAUCCAGAGCCGAGGUGUCUGGACUGUCACAUGUCUGAUGUCUGAUGUAUGGGGGGGGUCAUCUCAUUCACCAUCCGUCUUCUGCUGGACUUCUAUAGACAGGAAGGGGUGUCCCUGUGUACGUGUCAUAGUGGUGGAAUCUGGUGUGUUUUUCAUAGACCUAGGUGAGACACUUCUGACGGAAGAGCCCAGCGGACAUGUCAACUCUCUGUGAUGAUCUGUUAUCCAUGAUGGACACAAGAAUCCAAAUAUUAGGUCAGCUGUAAAAUAUGUUUAUAUUGACCCACCUUUCUGGUGAGCCGUGCCCCGCAGAGGAGGGGCGCAAGUAGCUGAGGGGGCAGAAUAGGUUUGGCAGUGGCUGAGGGGCAGAAGAGGGACAGCAGUGGCUGAGGGGCAGAGGAGUGGUGGCAGUGGCCAGAGGAGGGGCGGCAGUG